AUGUCGGAAAUACUGGACCAAAUUGUAAAGAAACCUGUAUUCAUCCACUCACUUUUGAAAGACGAAUUAAUUUGUGUCACAAAGUUUUUGAAAGUUGAGGUAACACAAGCUACAAGAAAGGCAAAAAUAAAAGAAGCCGUUAUAAAGAAUAUCAUCGAUAAUGGGAUUGUCGAAGCUUCAGCGUUUGAAGAAGAAGACGAAGACGAAGAUGAAAUGAAAGACGACGAAGAAGAUGAAGUAAAGCAAGAGAAGUCAGAAGACGUAGGAGUAGAAGACGACUUGGUAACGGGUGAGCAGACGAAAGAGGAAUCCUUGGAAACGUACAGAAAGGCAAAGUCAAGGUUGGCAGAUGGCGGCUUUAAACUGCGAAAAUGGUUGAGUAACGAUGAAGAGCUCUUGAAGCAAAUAAGUACAUAUGAAGGGGUUAAUGAGGUCGAGAGUAAAACCACAGACACACCAACAUAUGCUAAAACGGCCCUGGCGGGAAACGACGAGUGCUCAUCACAGAAGGUUUUAGGUUUGAAGUGGGACCUAAAUACGGAUAAAUUCGUUAUCAACCUAAAGGACGUUUCGGAUAAAAACGUACUUAGUGCUAUAGCAGGUUUGUACGAUCCGUUGGGUGUUGUCAGUCCUGUAGGUGUAAGUAUGAGAAUGUUCUUUCAAGAUUUGUGUAAGCAGGGUAUGGGCUGGGACGAAGAGUUGGAUCCCGGACAGACGAGAAAAUGGCACGAGUGGAUGGACGACUUCGCRGCCGUUAAGGAGGUAAGAGUGCCUCGUUGUGUGUACAGCGGAGGCAAUAAUUCACCUAAGUGUUCGCUACACGGGUUCGCGGAUGCCAGUUGCAAGGGGUAUUGCGCAGUGGUGUAUUUAGUCUGCGAAUCCAAAGAAGGUACAAAGGUAGAAUUGCUGACAUCCAAAACACGAGUAGCGCCUCUAAARGAACAAAGCAUACCCCGAUUAGAGUUAAUGGGAGCCRGAGUCCUCGCUCAGCUUAUUCACACAGUGACCAACGCCCUAAAGGGAGAAUUAGAGAUAGAAGAAACGUUCUUAUGGUUGGACAGCACGACCGCAUUGURMUGGAUAGAAAACAGAGGUGAGUGGAAACAAUUCGUUCGUCAUCGAGUGAACGAAAUUCUAAGACUAACGAAGAAGGCUCAAUGGGGUCAUUGUCCAGGGAAGGAAAAUCCGGCGGACUUAGGCUCGAGGGGACAGAUGGCAAGUAAGUUAGUGGGGAGUGAGUUAUGGUGGAAAGGGCCUAGUUGGUUAGUAGGACCAAAGGAGGGUUGGCCAGUCCGCGCAAMCGAAGUAGACGUAACGCCGGAAGCGAUGGUCGAGAUAAAAACGACAGCACUGAGCGUCAAUUCAACGCAAAAYAUUGACCUAGAGAACGUAGUAGAUCCAAGUAAGUAUGGUACAUUCGAAAGGCUUGUCCGUGUAGUAGCAUGGGUCAGCCGCUUUGUACAGAACGUGAAAGCGAGAUCUCAAGASAAAAGAACAGGUGGUAAGUUGAGAGUAGAAGRGUUGUUGCAGGCAGAAAAGAAACUGAUAUCUGCUGCGCAAGCAAAGAUGAAAGAGAAGGGUAACUUCAAGCAACUUGARUGUGAGCUAAGACUYGYAGAGCGUGAMGGUAUCCUGAGAUGUCGAGGAAGGAUGUGCAAUGCCGACUUAGAGGAUGAAGCGCGCGAACCRAUUCUGCUACCAAGGAGACAUCGUUUAACUGAGUUAAUAAUUUGUAAUUGCCAUAAGAGAGUUUAUCACUCAGGACUAAGAGCAACACUAGCAGAACUGAGGUCAAAGUACUGGAUCCCAAGAGGUCGUCAAAGCGUAAAAGCGAUAYUGCACCAGUGCAACGUAUGUAAAAGACAUGAAGGGAAACCAUACAGUGCACCGCCUACUGCAGAUCUACCCCACUUCAGAGUGAGACAAGAGGAGCCUUUCUCAAAGACAGGUGUUGAUUUUGCAGGUCCUUUGUACGUCAAGGGAGCGAAAGGCAGCAUGGGUAAGGUUUACAUCGUAUUAUUUACUUGUUGCGUGACAAGAGCAGUUCAUUUAGAUUUAGUARACAGCCUUGACGCAAAAACAUUCAUGUUGAGUUUGCGCAGAUUUACUUCAAGGAGAGGAUGUCCAACAUUGAUAGUGUCGGAUAAUGCUAAGACAUUCCAGGCAUCAUCCAAGUCCRUAAASGGGAUCUUCGAAAGUGAAGAUGUUUUAACCUAUUGCGAUCGGAAUCGCAUAGAGUGGAGGUUUAAUCUACCAAAGGCCCCGUGGUGGGGAGGCUUCUUUGAGAGAAUGGUAGGUACAGUAAAGAGAUGUCUUCGAAAGGUACUAGGGAAYGCAAGGUUAAAGUAUGAUGAAUUAUUAACGUGCUUGGUCGAGAUUGAAGGUACAAUCAAUUCUCGUCCAUUAACCUAURAAUACGACGAGGCAGGGAUAGAGUUCCUGACACCGUCGCAUCUUAUUUUCGGGAGAAGACUAACUUCACUACCAGACGAAUCAGGACGCACAGAAGACCAAGAAGAUGAGGUCGGAAGCAUUGUGAAAAGGUACAGAUACAUGGCAAGGAAACGGAUCCAUUUUUGGAACAGAUGGAGAAAAGAAUAUUUAGCCGAUCUGAGAGAGUAUCACAAGAYAGGUAAAGUAAGUACAGUGCGAAAGACACAGGUGGGUGAUGUGGUACUACUGUACGAAGAUGGAGUGAAGCGAAAUAGGUGGAAGAUGUUUAUGGAACCCGUCAAUAUGAUCGCAGACUGUAUCAUCAACGUAGCGUAUAUAGACUCUAGGAGGACUGAUAAAGAAAAUUCAGUAGUUUUCAAGCAAAAGGAUAAAAGUGAUGGAACGUUCUAUGGUGUUAAUUGCGUUCUUCCUGGCAGAGAAUCGUCAGUGUCAAGUCUAGCCUUUGCAGCAUCAACAGCAAUUGGUGUGGGGAUAGAKGWAAACAGUUAUACAACAUCAAAUAACMCAAGCUCUCCAUCAUCAUUUCGUAUUAACUUCUUUGCAACAUCCGUCCAGUCUUUGCUGUUAUGA